UUUUUAUUCCCUGUGUAAUUAGGUAUUUUAAAAAAAAAGAUUAGUAAAAUGGCAUGUAUCCAGGUACUGAAAAGAGUUGCUGGAAUAACAAAUAAUAGGAGAAUGGCUUCUUUGACAAAUAUGUUCAAUUCCUUUUCAAACUAUAAACCGUAUUCUACUGAAACAACUGCCAAUAAAGAAGAAAUUAAAAAUGAAGAGGAUGAAGAAGGGAAAAGCUUAAAAAAGACCCUUUCAGAAAAAGAAAUUCUUCUAUCAGCUGCACAAAAAGAUUUAGCUGAGUUUAAAGAUAAAUAUAUUCGUUCAUUAGCAGAAUGCGAAAAUGUACGACGUCGUGGUGUUAAAAUGGUAUCUGAUGCAAAGCUUUUUGCAGUUCAGGGCUUUUCCAAAGACUUACUUGAAGUAGCUGAUAUUCUUGAAAAAGCCAUGCUAAGUGUUCCUAUAGACGAGCUUCAGAAAAACGAACUAUUAAAAAAUCUUUAUGAUGGAUUAGUUAUGACAGAAGCUCAUCUUCAAAAAGUGUUUUUAAAACAUGGCCUUCAGAAAGUUAAUCCUAUUAAUGAAAAGUUUGACCCAAAUUUUCAUGAAGCUUUAUUUCAGAAAUCAAUUCCUGGAAAAGCUUCAGGAACUGUUGUUGAAGUAAAUAAACCAGGUUAUUUACUCAAUGGUCGACCUGUUAGGGCUGCCCUUGUGGGUGUUGCUCAAUAAUGUAUUUCUUUUUGAUGCAAUAUAUAUUUAAUACAGUUAGAAUAUAAUUUUUUUAAAAAGUGA